AUGGUCUCGUUGACUGCCAUAAUCUUACCAAUCCAAGUGAAUCGCGUGGCGCAAGCGCUGUGCGAACUCAAACCCGCCGCGGCGCCGACCAUCAAUGUGUCGCAGCAGGCGCAGCAGCAGCAGCAGCAGCAGCAGCAGUCCCCGCGCCAGCUGUCCCUCUCGUUCUUUGCGCGCGCCAGCCUGUGCGCGGAGGGGGAAGAGGGCGCGGAAGGGGAGGCGGAGCGGCUGUUGAAGGUGCUGCUGCUGGCAGUUCCGCUGAAUGCUUCCGGCCCCGCCACAGCAGGGGGAGAUGGAACAACUGGGGGAGGGGGGGAAGGAGGAGCAGGGGAGCAGGUGUGGGCGGAGUGGCGGGUGGGCGUGCCGUGUGGGGGGAGCAGAGCGACCAACCCGUCCUCCCUCAAAUGCUUCUCCCACUGGCCGCUCUCCAGAGCCCAUCCGCUCCUCACAGCCGGCUCAGCUCGACGCAAUUCAUCCUCCCUCGCCCUCACCACGCUCUCCGACCUUAACUCUGCUGCUCUCGCGCUGCACCCCGCCCCCUUCGCCCUCCUCGCCCCCGCCACGCCCGCCUCCCCCUGCCGCCCCUUCUCCUUCUCCACCUCCUUCGCCUUCCGCAUCUCCUCUCCCAACGCUGCCAGGCUGGGCGGCGAGGGCUUGGCGUUUGUGAUGCUGCCGACGCCCACGCUCGGCUUGCCCGGGCCCUCCCUGGGCUACGGCCGCGUGCCGCUGCCGCCCGGUAGCACGACCGGUGCUGAUCAUUCCAGUGACGUGUCAUCUCAGCAGUGGAGCAUGGCAGUGGAAUAUGACACAUCCUCUUCUCCUGAAUUCUUCGACCACCCCGACCACCACGUGGGAGUGAACCUGCACGGCAGCAUGCUCUCUCUCACCUCUGCUCCCGUGCACUCCCUCACUCUUUUGCUCUUCCUCUUCUGCUCACUUCUGCUGCUGCUCUGCCGUUCUGCUGUGCUGCUGUUGCUGCUGCUGCUGCUGCUGCCUCCCCUAUCCUUCCCCCCCCCAUCCAUGCAGCAGCAGCGGAGCCUGGCAGUGGAGUUUGACACAUCCUCUUCUCCUGAAUUCUUCGACCGCCCCGACCACCACGUGGGGGUGAACCUGCACGGCAGCAUGCUCUCUCUCGCCUCUGCCCCCGUGCACCCCCUUGGCAUUCCCGCCCUCAACGCCGGUCAACCCCUCCUUGCCACGAUCCGAUACAACGCCUCCUCCUCUCAGCUCACCGUCUGGCUCUCCCCCGUCCCCCGCUCCUCCUCUCGCUCUGCUUCUUCCUUCUUCGCUCCCCCUCUCCCGCGCUCGGCCGUGCUCACCACAUUCCUGGACACCUGUGAGUGGCUGGGGGGGAACGACCCACAGGCAGCAGCGCCCCCCCCGCCGCUGUUUGUGGGAUUCACAGCGGCCACGGGCAAGGGGGCGGAGCAGGCCCAGGCGCACGAGGUGCUGGGGUGGAGCUUUGAAGUUGGAGAGGCCGAGGAUUCGCUUCCGUUUUGGGCGGCAGACUCGUUCUCCUUCCCCUACAUCACACCAGCCACUCCCCUGCAGACACGUGGCAGCACAAGGAAGCGUUUCUUCGCCGCUGAUCUCUCCGUCGCUGCUGCUGACGUGACAUUUACCGGCCAAUCAGAUGAUCCCGCCCCCGGAGCCCUCUUCUUCCCUCGCCGUCUCCCGCUCCUCUACUCCUCCUCCUCCUCCCCUCCUUUCCCUCCUCCUCCUCGUCGUCCUCGCAGCUCCCCCCAUUCCUCUCCUUCCUCCUCCCCUCCGCAACCCACAGCAACCGAACCCCCAAUCUGCAUGGCUCGCUCGUUCACCUUCACAUACGGAUUUUCCAUAAACGUAUCCGCGUCUCAAGGGCUCGCAUUCGUUAUAAGCACACAUGCGAGCGUGGGCCUAGGCGGGGCUUAUAUGGGGUACGGCCGGGACCCAUCCUCGCGACUCGCUAAUGGCAGCUGGCCAGACGGCGCGCGGAGUGUAGCUGUGGAAUGGCACCCGGAAACUGACAAUGUAAAUGUUAUACACUUAAACGUUAACACUGACUUCAACAUGACUUCGAUUUUCUCGGAGAAGUUGUUAACUGGUGUGGAGCCAGAGGACGUGCUACAAAUGAGGGUUGACUAUAACGGGAGAAGCAAGGAGAUGCUGAUCAGAUGGUACCAACCCCCUCUUCUAGUGGACAGCAUGAAUGUCUCUCUUGACCUCUGUGCUGCUCUCACUGGGCCCUCUGCCACCAGCGGAAGCAGCAGUGGUGGUGGCAGUGGUAGCAGCAGCAGGAGCAGGAGCAGCACCACCACCACCACCACCGCCACAAGUGGCAGCAGCAGCAGCAGCAGUGACA